AUGACCAAGAGACCUCAACAAGUUCUAGACCAAAACCAAAAAGAGAUUAUCCAUUUAUACAAGUUCAUAGGCAGAAAAUGCGACAAAGCAAGCACAUUCCUUUGUUUGAGAACUCUAUGUGAACUAUACAGCCAACGGCCUCAUAAGCCAUUGCAAUCCGUGGAUGUUCUAUUCAAUCAAUCUUAUCGUGGCUUAUUCAAUCAUGCAAAUCUAUCAUGUUUGAGUGUAAAAUGCAGACUCCAAGUCAUUUAUUUUCUCCGAAUUCCAAUUCAUCCACAAUUUUUUGAUCGAGUGAAAUAUGAUUUUGAGUUGCUUUUGGAUGUAACUGGACGCAUACGCUAUGGCAAAGAGAAAAACAGACAAUUCGUUCUAGGAUCGCAAGACUUUACUCGACCAUUACUGGAGUACGUGUACCAACAUGACCUCCUGCAUUUUAUGGCAGAGUUCUGUCAAGAUCAGAAUCAGCCAGUCUCGGAUAAGGAACUAGCGGAAAACUAUGUUAAGAACAAUAAAUGUGUUCUACCAAUAAGCGAGCUGAUUAAACAAAUAAAUAUCGUCAAACCGGCAAUCCAAAAAGAGCAGAAUUAUCAUUAUCUCACUAUAAUAAAAAUCUUAUUUAUGAUUCAAUACCCUGUGAAUGAUUAUUACGAGAAGAAGUACAUAACUGCAACAACAUCAUUCAAGACCACUUCAUCUCUUUUUUCAGAAUAA